CCAUAAGCAAUUUUAGAAGAAAGAAUUUUUUGAUUUGUUUGAAAAGAAUAAAUUCACAUCCUUGUUUUAUUAUUAUUUGGUCUUUUAAAAAAGUUUGUUUAAAUAUUUGUAAAGUAAAUUGUGCAGUGAAAUUAAUUCAAUGUAUAACAGACCUAACGAAUCUUAGAGUUUAAAAUAAAAAAAAGUAUUGAAGCAUUAUUAAAUAAACCACUACUUAGAGAAUCCUGCUGUACUUUUCUUUAAUCCUGCUGUUGCAUUCUUUGAUAAAGGAGCAAUUAGUAAAGAAUGUUAUAGCAAUAUUAUUUACCUGCAAUCUUAGGUCUAAUAUUUCUCAUAAACAUUUCCUAUGCUCAAACAACUAACGAUUUGAUUUGAAGAAGUAUAUCAAGCAAUGUUAUUCGAGACCCCAACGACAAAAAUGUAUCAAAUUUUACAACAACCAUCAGUGGCAUCCAAUAUUGCAGUUCAAAACUUAAGCACGCCUGCUAUUGAUGCCACUGUAAUUGAAGACAUUCAUGUAACACCACAAAUAGGAGGAAAUACACAAGGUACUUCAAACUCUAGUUCUUCAGGAAGGUCUACACCGAAAGAUGGAAUCGAUUCAUCACCAGGAAAGCUGUUUGUUGGAGGGUUAAGCUGGCAGACGUCAGCAGAAAAAUUGAAAGAGUAUUUUGGUUCAUUUGGCGCUGUUACAGAUGUUCUUAUUAUGAAAGAUCCAGCUACACAAAGGAGUAGAGGUUUUGGAUUUAUAACAUUUUCGGACCCACAAAGUGUUGAAAAAGUUUUACAAGUUCGAGAGCACAUUCUUGAUGGUAAAAAGAUUGAUCCCAAAUAUGCGACCCCAAAAAACAAACCUAAGCCGUCAAACAAAACAAAAAAAAUUUUUGUUGGUGGUGUAAGUCAAGAAACAUCUGCAGAAGAGGUCAAAAUAUACUUCAGUCAAUUUGGUAAAGUAGAAGAAACGGUAAUGUUAAUGGAUCAGCAGACUAAACGCCAUCGUGGAUUUGGUUUUGUCACAUUUGAAAGUGAAGAUGUUGUUGAUCGUGUUUGUGAAAUUCAUUUUCAUACAAUAAAAAACAAAAAAGUAGAAUGCAAAAAAGCCCAACCAAAAGAAUCUGUAACUCCAGCUGCUCAACUCUUACAAAAACGCAUGAUGAUCAGCAAUGGAUUAGGUUUAACUGGUGUCCGAAUUCCUGGAGGAACAAGUCCAUUACUUACAGGAUCUCCUAUCCCUCAGGCCAGUGUUUUACAAACUCAAGGAAUAGGAACUCUAACAAGUAGUCCAUUGGCUUUACAUCAGCAGAUGGCAGUUUUGCAGCAAGCUCAAAACAUAGCAUCAAUGGGUUAUGGUAAAAUGAUUACAACUUUUAAUCCGGCUUUACACAGUUUAAGAUACUCUCCAUAUCCAAUACCUUCAAGUGCACUCGCUGCCGCAAACGCUACCACCGUUGGAACGGUAAGUCAAGUGUCACAACAACAAGUAGCGACACCUCAAAUGGGCCAAGUUUCAACACAAUCGCAAAGCAAUCAACAGGCUAGUGCUACCCAAGCUACCGCUCAGAAUGCUCAUGCUUCAAUACCAGUACAACAUACUUAUAACAAUCCAGGUGCUCAAACUGGUUCUCUUUCAAUGACAAGUAAUCCGAAUGCUGCAGGCAUACCAGUUUAUCCAGGUUUGCCUACUCUACCCACUAUGGAUUUGUCAGCUUUUCAAGGUGUAGAUUGGGGUUCUAUGUAUGGAAUGGGAAUGUAUGUGUAAAAAAUGUUGUUGAUAGUUUUUUGAGACUAAUUGAGUUAAUAUGCAAAACAAACAAGUAAUGAUUCCUAUUAAUUAGUACACUUUUGAAACUAAUUUUUAAUCAUAUACUAUAGAAUUAACUAUCAUGUAUUUUUAUCUAACUAGCUUUACUAUCAUAUACACAGUAUUUGUGUGUAUUAGGAAGUAAUAUAAGUAUACUCAUCUUUAUUUUCAAUGUAAGAAUUUAUUUGUUUUAAAGUUUAAGCAUUUAACGUGAUUAAUUAUAUGAAAGUGUAUGAUGGUUGAUUUUAGAAAUUAUUAGUGCCCAACAGACAUAUUGUAUUGAAUGUAAACGUGCACACAAUACUUAGAUCUCCAUAUGCUUAUUUUAUACAGUAUUGAUUAAUGAUAAUUAAAACUUUUAUUUGAAUACUCAACAUUUGAAAAAGUAAUUGUGA